AUUCUCAGCGCGUCAUUCUUACUUUUUAAUGAAUAAAGGGACAAUUGAGUUCUUUUAUGUCUGCUUUUCCUCAAAAACUUCCUUGCAAAAAAUGUUUUCCAAGAGACUUCUUAAACGUAUUUUAUUUCUUUAACUUCAAAUCCAAGCUGGGACGGUCGUGUUAACAAGCUAAUUCUGUUACAUAUAAUAUCAUUAAGUUUCGUGGAGUUGUAUAAUGCAAUAUAUUAACGCGCAUUAUCUUUCAAGAUAUGCGUUGAGCGAUUAGCUGUCUACUGUCUUUUCCUAACCUAAAUAUUCAAUGCCCAGUUUUCCUACCCCAUGUGUAGGAAUUCUCCUUCAUCUUCUGCAGGAUGAAAUUUCUUUCAAAAUUAAAUGUCAUCAUUGAGGCGUUAAUCGUUUUUAACUUAUCGUAUUUUGUCUAAAUCAUUAAUUAUGUCUAUCUCUGAUUCUGAUGUUUGCAUCAAACGGAAAACAGGCUCUUCUUGACGUAGCAUGAUCUAGUUAGUGGCCUUUCGUUGGUGUCUUCGCGAUUUGCACUUUGGGUUGAUUUUCACAUUUAUUGAUUUAAAAGCAUCUUACCGACUUAAAGAUAAAACCAGUCAAAGUUUUAGAAAUGCGACGGUCGCUUCCCCAAAAAAUUUCAUCUUACCAAUCAUUUUUUAUAAAUGGCCUUAAUGUUAGCUGGACUGUAAUUCUCGAAAAGAUUUUAGAGACUUCUUCUAAACUUACUAACUUUGCGGAAAGUGUAUGCUAGCACAAAAGUGUAUUAAACUGUAUUUUUAACAAAGAAUGUGAAAUUUUUUGAUGGCCAAAAGAGGUUCUGAUGAAACGAUGGGAGACUUUUCAAUGCUACAACGAAUUGAUGUUUCGAUAUUUUGUAGCAAGAUGCAGGGCUUCAUGAAUAUUCCUACAUUGCACAUUGCAUCAGAAUUCUUUCAUUCUGUAUUCCAUAUUUUCGCAUAACUCAUAUCGGUAUUUCUUUUAACAAAAGUCUGCACGUACAGGUGUUCCGCUCAUCAUCUGUAUUUUCAAAACAGAUUUCUUUGCGCAAUGCGAGUCCCUGAAAAGCUGCAGCAACCGGAGUCGCUAAUAGCAAGCCACCCAGCCGUGUUUUCAAACAGAUUAAGAAAUCUUCCAAUUAACACUCUGUUAUAGAAUUUAUCAUAAUUGUGUUCGUCUUGUCUGUGAAUGGACCUGGUUUUUGUAAUUAUGCUGCGUAAUUAGCCUGUUUAAAUUCAAUCGCUCCAUCUGCUAUCACCCUACUUUGCAUUAUCGAUGCCUUGUCGAUGUUUAAGUGACAUUUUGUCUUGCACUCACGUAAUAUUUGCCUGUUAACAUGAUCUCCGUUUGAGCCUUUUUGGCAAAUGUAAAGGAUACGAUUAAGGUAUAAGCACUUGGCGAAUUCAUUGGAGUUUUGCGCCCAUAUCAAACACACCAAGUUUUGAUGUGUACAUUUCACUCUGACCUAAGACCAAUUCUUUGAUAUUGAAUAUCGUUCUUGAAGCUGCCACAACGGAAGUUGGACCGAUUCAAGUUGGUUUAGAGCAGUAGAUUUGUUCUCCCAGAUAUGUGGAGGCAGUUAUAUUUUUCACCAGAACCGCUCAUUAAGUCGCUCCGGUUUUGUAUUGAUCGAGAAAUUUGAAGAGACCAGUGACACCUUUUUUGGGAAGCGUAUCAAGAAGUCCUGCGCAACUUUCAAGUGAGAUUUCGAACUAUCUGCAUAAUUAUCACACGGAUUUCAAUUAAUAUAGUCUGGAAUUAAAAGCCCAUCCAUUACUGACACUUUGCGGUGUUGUCCUAAAUGCAAGAAUUCUUAAACUGAAUUAUAGAAACCAAACGAUUUGUUCAGCAGGUCGAUCUUUUUGUAUUGCGCUGAAUCUAACAUCGUUUUGGCGGUAAAACGCCGUCUGGAAUUCUGUUUCCAUCCCGGCUGGAUAUACCUUAAUUAGAUCUACGUGUCGAUGCAUGAAUAUGGAUGGAAACACCGAAAGAAAGAGUAGUACGUUUGGUCUUUACUAGGCUCAGGCACCUACACAUCGUACUCCUGCUAGACAAUUGAACAAAGAGCCUAUCAAAGGUUUUAUCUUGUAAAUGGAAAUAAGGACAUUUAUUUCGAUUUUAUGAGAGUGUGUUCCAUUAUGCCUCUCAUUGCAGCUGCGUUUGGAUCAAAAAUGGUAGUGCGGUAACAAAGGAAGAUAGAUCAUUGUACGAUAUGAACUGGUAAAAUCGCCUUUAAUCGGACGUCAUUGUAGAUACAUUGAAAGGUCAUAAAAGACAUGGGCAAGCUUGAGAAAUGAAGCGAAGGGAGAGAAGGGUAUCGGAAGAGAGGAAUAACAGGCGGAUGCGUAAAAAACUACGGAUAAAAAUACGAAUCGGGAAUGAACUGUUUGAGACUUUCGCUGCAACGCUGGAGAGAUUCCCGGAAACGCUACUCGGGUGUCAUGAUAAGCGGACCCGUUACUACGAUCUUCAAUCGGAUACCUUCAUUUUCAGCGAGCAUGUCCGAACUUUUGAUGCCAUUCUCUACUAUUAUCAGUCGUAUGGCUCGCUCAUCAGGCCCCCGUUUGUCUCGUUGCAAGACUUUGAGAAUGAUUGUCGGUAUUUUGAGAUCGAUGAGAAAACGAUAUUAAGAAUGAAAAAGAGGGAUGGAUUUUUAGGUCUUGAUAUCCUAAACAAUAGAUGCGAUGAGAUUCUGAGGGAUCAAAAGUCUUGGCGAAGAAGAAUCUGGUGUUUUCUGGAAUACCCUGAGACAUCACUGGCCGCCAGAUUAUUUGCUUGUUUUAGCUUUGUACUUAUUGCUUUCUCUGUUCUGUUUGCCUGCCUUACUACGCUGCCGUCGAUACAAAUCAACCAAAAUGAUCUUUUUCAUGAUCCAUACUUUCUCACUGAACUUGGAUUAAAUGUUUAUUUUCUGGUGGAGUACAUCUGCCGAUUUUUCACUGCUCCAAGAAUUUUUCAAUUUUUGACGACACCGUUAAGUAUCAUUGAUUUUGUAGCCGUAAUUCCAUAUUUCGUGGUCCUCUCGAUCAAUGCGAAACAAGUUCAAAAUUUGGCAUUCUUGAAGAUCAUGAGGACACUACGUGUUUUACGGUUGUUUCGACUUACUAAGCACUCUAAAACAUUCCAGACAGUCAUGCUUAUCAUGUCGCAAUGCGUUAAAGAUAUUUUCAUGCUCUUUAUCUGUUUCUUCAUUGCCUGCAUCAUCUCUGCCAGUAUGCAAUAUUAUGUCGAGCUCACGGUUCCCGGUAGUAUGUUUACAAGCAUCCCCCAAUCGAUGUGGUGGUCAAUACAGACAUUGGUUUGUCUAGGCUAUGGUGACAUGAUACCUCUAUCAAUCAUGGGGAAAAUCACUGCAUCGGCAGUGGCGAUAUUCGGUGCUAUCACUUUAAGUGUCCCAUUGUUGUCAGUCGGUGGAAAAUAUCUUACACUGUAUGCACAAAAAUUCUGUGUACCGAUCGGUGAAGAUAUGGACGUCAAGGAAAGCAAAACUGAACCUGCAAUUCCAAGAAAAAUGACAGAGCUAUCAGUAGUUGAUGACUAUGAUAUUAUGUAGCCAUUUUUGUUAUGUUGCCAUGCAAAGUUCUUUAUAAUGAGAGGGAGAAUUUUCGUAGUUUUAGCAAAUUUUCGUAGUUCACACUGGCAAUCGGUUGGAGAUAUAAAACUGAUCUUCAAUUUUAAUUCUAACUAAGCGAGAAUGCCAAGGCUAAAAAUUUGUUCCUAGCAAGGUAUUGGUAUAAGAAAACCAAAAUAGAACAUUUAGGAGUAAAUUUUCUGUACCCAAUGCAUAAGGUGUCGUUUAGAUAUACGAUUUGCAAAAUGCGAUGUAUCAUUGGUCAUUUAUAAGUGGGGAAGGACUAUCUGUUAUCUAGUUUGGUAAAUUAAAGUGUAUUGUAGUUCCGCAAAGGCAAAUGAAUAGUUAUUAAGUUGGUUCUUGUGUAUUGGUCUAUUUUAAUAUUUAUUCAUGUAACAAGUGUUGACAUUAGCCGUGUCAAAGCCUCAUCGCAAUUAAUUUUUUAUUUUGACCUUAGCUGGUUUUACAUUUUUCGUAAGAACAUUAAGUGAUGUAAAUUAAUUGCCUUAGUCAAGAUAUGUUCAAUUUAAUUUUAAUUAGUUUGUUGGGAAAUUUCAAAACAUUGACACGCAGUAGUUGUAUUGAGAAAAACUUCCUUUCCCUUAUAUCUUAACAUAUCUAAUGAAAAUAAUACCAAGGUUUAAGUGAUCUUCAAUGAUUGUAAAGAUGCAUUAUAAAGAUGCAUUAUAAAGGGCAUUCUCAUGGAAAAGCAACUGUAAAACUGGAGCGGUACUUGUUCCUGUCAUCUUAUCCACUGGGCAUCGCGAGAGCAGCCUUUUUUCAAUCAGCAAUAACAAACCUACCAAGUUACAUUUUCUUUAAUAGUAGGGUUCCUGUAGGACCCAGUUUUUGAAAUUAGGACAGUUGUUUCGAAAAUUCCUUGAAAAAAGCAAACAUCGAUGUAAAUAAUUGCUUUUUUCAACGCCAUUUUCAAGUUCUGCACCGCCAUAAAAACUUUCACUGUUAUUUUGCUGAAACUAAAUGACGAUUUUUAUAUUAAUUGUCUACUCGUGUUUUCCUGCAGCCAAGAAUGUUGGCUCAAAACGAUUUGAUUUGUCUCUUUUCUUGUUCACUUAACUUAACUUCAAUUUGUUUGUCACUUCUCAGACAAUGUCAAUGUGAAUAUCUUGAUCGCAUUGAUCCUCUGGGCAGCAUACAUCUCCAGUUACCUCUUCCUCAUACAUAUUCUUAAUCACAUGUUUCUUAGAAAAUUGAUGUAGAGAAAAAGAUCCUGUGUAAGUUGGACAAACAAAUAUACUUUUUCUUGAGUUUUUUUUAUUCCUGACAUUUACAUUCGAGUUUC